AGAACGGAAAUACCAUUAGUGGGCCAACAACAGCGCCAUUUUGGAGAUUAGAGACGUCAUUUCGGCCGCUCCCUCGUCGCCAUGCCGCCUAAGCGAAAGUAGCAAUGGCUUUCAGAGCGUCAGACUCGCUGGUCGUUAUAGGACGAACUUCAACAAGAAGAACGAGAAUAGCUUUACUUGUCGCUCUGUUGCUGACGCUGUCAGGCCACGGACUAGCGAACCCCCGCAGAAGGGCGGCGGUACUAGAUAGGGAGCUGCGCGAUAGGCAGAGGCAUGGGGGAGCGGAGACGCGGGGGACGCGGGGGACGCGGAGAAGAGUGCUGGCAGCGUCCCACCUAGAAGCACUAUCCCGCGCGAAUUGCUCUCAAGAGCAGCUCAGCAGUGCCGGUAACAGUAACAUUAACGGUGGUGGUAACCAGCUGCCACCGUGGACGCCGCAUGUGCCACGGGCCGUCCUCAGGAGAGGCAUUGCGCACGAAGGCGACAUGCUGCGAUUCGGCCGCCUGCUGCACAAGAUCAUAGUGCGCCGCGAGCCCAUCAAGGUGGUGGCCAUCGGCAGCAGCUGCACGUCAGAAUUCGGGGGGAGGAAGGGCCCGCAGCUCAAGCUGCUCAACCUCGACGCCUUCGAGUUCGGCAGGGUGGUGCAUCCAGAUGGGUGGCUCACAGCAGCCUUGGACUGGCUGCUGGCGGCCUUCCCCCCGAAGGAGCCCCAUGACUUCAGCACCACGCCCUUCCCAGACUCCAUCCCCGCCAAGGACCAGGAGCCGGUUCAGCCCUACUGGCUGCUCAACCUUGCCAUCGGUGCCAUCGGCCCGCAGCCGUGGGGCAAGUGCAUGGGGAGCACAUACCUGUCGAAGCUCCCAAAAGAUGUUGACCUGGUGGUGGUGGAGUGGGCUUUGGCAGCCAGCUACCCCGAGAUAGCCAGGGACAUGGACAUUGUCAUUCAGCGCCUACUCAAGCUGUGGACAACGCCUCCCGCGUUUCUCUUUGUGCAUUUCUUCUUCUGGUGCCGCGGCAACCUCUGGUGCCGCACCUGGCAGACGGACCCCAAGACAGGCGUGGAGCUGGUGGUGGAGGGCCCCCAGCAGCCGCUGACCCAGGAGAACAUCGGAGUGUUCUCCUUUGACUCGUUCGAUCACCGCGGCACGGGGCGCGUGACAGAAGAUGACUUUCUGGUCCUCGUGCGCUACUACGGCUUCCCUGCCCUGUCUAUGCGGGAUGCCUUCUGGAACCUCGCCGCCCAACAGGCACCUGGCUUCUCCCUGCAUGACCUCAUAGCCAUGGACGACAUGGGGCUGCACCCGGGGCUGCCUCUUGCUCGCACGCGCUACGCCGAUGUGCUCAUUAACUUCUUCCGCACCGCCAUUGAAGGCUUCUUCGACCGCCAGAAGGCAGCACUCACAGCCUCUAUGGCCGACCGAGCAGCCGAGAUAGCCCUCCUCAAGGCCCCUCCGCCGCUUUUCGCGCGCUGGUUCCCUGGGGAGUUCGGCGGGAAGGGCGAGCAGGUGGCGCUGUGCUUCUCAUACGAGCUGCUGGAGGCCACUGUGCCACCCGUCAGGGUGGUAAAAGGGUUCAACUUCACCAAGGACCCGGAUUCCAAGAUCCCCAAGCCGGGCUUCGCUACCUGGCAGGCAGGAAGCUUUGCUGAGUUCAUCUUCGACACAUCAGCACUUAACAAGCCCGCCCUCCAGCUGGACAACCCCUCCACUGCUCAAGCCCAGCUGGAGAUCCGCUACCUGGUCAGCUACGAGCGAAUGGGGGUGGGACACGUGGCGUGCGUGGAGGGGUGUGAGUGCGAGGGGGGGGACAUAGAUGCCACCAUCUCCCAGCAGUGGUCCGUGCCGGAGAAGAGGGUGUUCGAUGUGAGCCAGAGCGAGAAUUGCAUUGUGCGGAUUAGUGUGAGCCGGGGCAUGGGAGGCGAGAAGUUCAAGAUCCUCAGCUUCACCGUCAUGUUCAAGCCCAUGUGAGGAGAUCGGUUCGAAUCGUGAUCACCACAAAUGCGCCGCCUUAAAACAUGGAUGCUAGCAUCUCACAUCGCCCAGCAGUGGUCUGUGCCAGAGAAGAAAGGGUUCGAUGUGAGCCAGAGUGAGAACUAUGUGGUGAGGAUUGGAGUGAGCCAGGGAAAGGGAGGCGAGGCGUUCAAGAUCCUCAGCUCCACCGUCAUGUUCAAGCAUGGAUGCUAGCAUCUCACAUCGCCCGUGCCUGAGAAGAUGGAGUCAGAGCGAGAGCUGUGUCAUGAGGAUCGAUGCCUGUUGGGGCAAGGGAGAGAAGUUCAAGCCACAUGAUGUUGUAAAUGGUCAGCCGCCUGUCACUAUCCAAGGAAAGAUGCUGCUGUGCUGUCAUAAGGAAGUCCCUCCAUGGUGCGGGUGGGUGGGUCGCUGUAC